CCUGCACUGCAUUGGCCAUGCUGUACCCAGGUGAAGCCCCCUCCGCGCCCGUGAUGAUAUAAGACACCAGUGCCCGCCGCAGCCUGGGGAGCUGGGGCAUCGGUGGCUGCACAGGGAUGGCUGCCGAGGACAAGAGUCUGGACGCGUGGCCCCUGGGGCUGGGGCUCAAGAGCCCCCCGUAUACUCUGCCCUUGGGCCUGGAGGCGCCCGCACCCUCCAGCCGCAAGCUGGCGAUCCUGACCGCGGGAGCCGUCUUGGCCCUGGCCAUCAGCCUCGUGGGUGUCCUUGUGGGCACCUACCUGGGCCGAGCUGCCUGCAGCCAGGGAGUCGCUGACGGCUCCCUGCCAGCCCAGGUGCACGUGCAGAACGAGGCGGCGCUGCUGCUGGCGCUGAGCGAGCUGGGGGAGCAAGGUGCCGCGCCCGGCAUCACCUGCGACCUGAGGAACCACCUGAUAUUGUACCACGGGCAGCCUGAGGGCUGCGUGGGCCAGAAGAUGGACCCCGCGGAGCAGCUGCCACCCUGCCGGGAACUGGAGAGCUACUUCCAGACUGUGCUGAGCAAUGCCACACUGGGACUAGGACUGGAGAUGGGCAUGGACGUGCAGAGUGUGGGCGCGGGGACCCUGGGCAGCCUGGCUGUGCUGCUCUGCAGCAACAAGCCCACGUACCUGGUGGCAGCCAGCCCACCAUCUCCCCGGUACCACGGGCACCUGGCGGCCUAGCGUGUGCAGGGAGGGGACCAGGCUGUGGCUGCCUGGAGGUGCUGGAUGCUUUCCAGCCACAUCCACAAGUACUGACCCUGCGCAUCUUUGCAAGGGCCUGGCCCCGACUGUGGGGGCCGAGGCCCCACAAGGUUUUGCAUCGCUUUGCAGUGUAAUCCUAGCAAUAAACGUAGAUCUGC